AUGACUAGGAGGUCCAACAAGGACAACCUAGUUGAACAUCCAGAGAUAGACAAGCUUGAGAAGCAACUUAGGAAGCAGAAAGCCCAAGAGAUGGCCGACGAAGCAGCUCGCGCUCACGCCGCUGAAGUGGCGCGCGCUCAAGAAGAAGGAAGAGAUCCUCCUCCUCCUCCUAAUCCACAAGACCCUGCUGGAGAUGUGAAUGCACAACCCCAAGCGGAGCACCUACAAUCGGAGACUAUGACUCUGCCGAUGCUUUCUUCAUGGAUAGAAACCCUAUCCAUCCACCACUUCCUGCAAGGAAUGACUAUGAGAUCAAGCCUCAGAUCAUAG